AUGUUCCGUCGGUCGGCCGCCAAGGUCACUGACGGCGAUAUCUCCAAAGGGCCCGCAGGUACUGGAGGGUACAGUGUGAGUGGAACCCAGCCCUUGUCGAACACCAUGGAGCAACAGAAUGAAGGCUACCGGAUGGCUGGAUGGGGUCAAGAAUGGACCCUUGACACUAUCGGUUCGCGGGAAGCGUUGCAGGGCUGUCUCGACAGAGUGACGAUCCGAUGUGGCGGGUGGACUGGCUGGAGCAAGCCUCAAGCAAACGUGGGGGGGUACGUGACGUCCAACAUAAAAGCCACUGGUAUCUUCAGAAGGCUUCCUUGA